AUGACCUCUAUCAUCGACAAAGCGAAAGCCACAGUGGGCAUGUCCACCAAGCCCGCAAUCAAGCUCACGGGCCAAGAAGUCAGCCCGAUAGGCUACGGCCUGAUGGGCCUCACCUGGCGAGCCAACCCACCUUCGCAAGACCAAUCCUUCACAGCCAUGAAAGAAGCGCUAGCCCAAGGCUCCAACUUCUGGAAUGGUGGCGAGAUCUACGGCAACGCGUCCCGUAACAGCUUGCACCUCCUUCAAGAAUACUUCACGGAGUAUCCUGGGGAUGCGAAGAAAGUCGUGAUCUGUAUCAAGGGUGGCUGUGUCUACGACGGCAUGAAACCCGAUGGGUCGGCCGAGAAUACUAGGAGAAGUAUUCAGGAAUGUAUUGACAUUCUAGGGAAAGCGGGUAAGAAAUUGGAUCUGUGGGAGAGUGCCAGAGUGGAUCAGGAGACGCCGAUUGAGAUUACGAUGCGCGCGGCGAAGGAAUUUGUGGACGCUGGGAAGUUGGGUGGAAUCAGUCUGAGUGAGUGCUCGGCCAAAACUAUCCGCCGUGCAGCGAAAGAGGUCAAGAUCGACGCCGUGGAGGUGGAAUUCAGUCUCUGGGCGACGGAAAUUAUUGACAAUGGUAUCGCUGAGGCGUGCAAGGAACUCGAUAUCCCUAUCGUGGCGUACUCGCCGCUUGGACGGGGUUUCUUGACGGGACAGAUCAAGAAUCCGGAUGAUCUGGAAGAUAGCGAUAUCCGCAAACACAUGCCGAGAUUCUCAAUGGAGAACUUCCCGAAGAAUCUCGAGUUGGUCAAGGAGGUCGAGAAAAUUGCUGAGAAGAAGGGGUGUACGCCCGGUCAGGUCGGUAUCAGCUGGAUUCUGGCGAAGAGUGGCAAAGAUGGAUUGCCUACUAUUAUUCCUAUCCCGGGCUCGACGACUGUGGAGAGAGUGAGGGAGAAUGUAGGAGCGAUUGAGCUGAGUGAAAAUAAUGUCAAGGAGAUUGAUAGCUUGCUUGCCAGCAUUGAUAUUCAGGGUGGGAGGUAUGGUGGGCAUUUGGCGACGAUGGAGUUUAGUGACUCCCCUCCUCUGCGCGAGUGA